CUAUAUAAAUACGCUUUCUAAAGUAUAAAAAGUGCCUUUUUUUAAGUUGUUGACAAGGCAACGAAGUUUCCUUUUAACUCUAAUAACUGUACUUUAUCGAUCAAGGCUAACACAGGAGAAGCUUUCUCUGCCGUCACAAGAGCACCCUCUAUUAAGUUGUUCGUAACAAAGUAUUUGAUAAAAUUGUACUAUCUGAUAGUGAAGAUUACAGGACAAGGUACAUGCUCUACAUAUCAGUUGAGCUUCUAAACUGCUGACCUCCAUCACUUCAAUAGUCCUACACCUGACUUCUACUACUGCAAGAUGGUCACUUUAUCAUUAACACUUCUCCUUGCGAUUCUCCUGGAAAUCUGUAGAGCUAACGACGUCCUCUAUAUUCCAUCUCCUCCAACCAUGGUUGUUCAGCCAUCACAACCAGAACAGUUUUAUCACGUGGUGCUCACAAAAGGCGAGCCCAUUAUUCCAGUAACCCUGAAGUGUGAGGCUGAAGGGGAUCCACAGCCUCUGUACCACUGGACAAAAAAUGGAAAACGUUUUGACCUUGACCUCGUAGGAGAAAGAGUGACACAACUUAGAGGAGUAGGUACACUGAAUUUCUCCUUUCCUCAAGCUUCGGAUGAAGGAAGGUAUCAAUGUUUUGCAAAGAAUACACAUGGCGUAUCAUUAUCUAACAGUAUUUUCCUAAGGAAAUCAGAAUUAAACUUUUUUCCAAAAGAAAAAAUAAAAAAGAUAGAAGUCAAGGAAGGAUCUCCUCUCAGUUUAAAUUGUUAUCCGCCCAAAGGGCAUCCGCAGCCUUACGUGUUUUGGAUGAUACAGCCCAACAGCGGUGAGCCUCGUAAUAUCAACAGUUCACGAGUGACUUUAGAUCCUGAGGGAGGCUUACACUUUUCCUAUGUUACCUUGGGUGACAGCCUUAAUGACGCCGUUUACUCUUGUUUUGUGUCAUCAUUAUUUCGGAAUGAACUAAAAACGGGGAAUAAAAGAAAACUAAUUGUCAUUCCAAGAGAAAUUGGGGAACCCGUUACUCAACAACCAGUGAGACAGUAUGUUUCCCCAGCUAAUAAACUAAUCCUCUGGGGAAGUGAAUUACAAAUGGCGUGUAUCUAUGGUGGCACGCCUGUUCCCACAGUGAAGUGGUAUUUCACCAAAAAAGGAUCCCUACCCAGUGAAAGACUUGGUACACCUAUCAAGAUUGACAAAAUAUUAAAUAUUAAAAAUGUUAGCAGUGAUAAUGAAGGCAUUUACCAGUGCAUUGCUAAUAAUGGAGUUGGAAGUGAACAGAGAUAUUCAAUAACAGUCACAGUAGAAUCAUCCCCCUAUUGGAAUGUAUCACCAACCAACACACAGGCUGCUGAAGAAGAAAAUGUUAAAUUUGAAUGUUCAGCUAGUGGAAUACCUCCUCCAAAACUUCAGUGGUUGAUAAAUGGAGAAGCUGUAGAGGAGGCUGAGCCGAAUCCACGAAGAAUCAUUAAUGGGAAUGUAAUGACCAUCACUAACCUAGUGAAAACUGAUACUGCAGUUUACCAGUGCAAUGCUUCCAAUAUUCAUGGUUAUACCUUCAAGAAUUUCUAUUUAAACAUUCUUUCUAUUCCUCCAACAAUGCGAGAACCACCUAAAAAGAUUACUUAUGCUGUUGUUGGUUCUAAAAGAAUUAUAAAGUGUCUGGUAUAUGGAGUACCCAAGCCACAAGUGAGUUGGAAAAAAGACAAUCAAGAUCUUGUUGGAAAUCAAUUUCAGACAUUAAACAGUGGGAUUUUGGAGUUAACAAAUAUUUCAAAGGAAGAUGAAGGCCAGUAUACAUGCAUUGCAAUAAACAAAUUUGGUUCAUUACAAGCAUCUGGAAAUUUGGAAGUCAAAGCUAAAACCAAAAUCACAUUAGCUCCUGAGAAUGUUGAAGUUAGCAUUAACAAGAAGGCAGUGCUUCACUGUAAAGCUGAAGCUGAUCCCACUUUAACCUUGGCUAUUAAGUGGCUUUUUAAUGGAGAGCCUAUAGACUAUCAUCUAGAUACACGGCUAAACCAGACACAAGAUCAAUCUCUUGUUAUCAACUUGGCUAAAGACAGUGACUCUGGGAUUUACACAUGUAUUGCUGAAACAUUCAUAGAUAAAGACUCUGCAUGGGCAAAUUUGAUUGUUCAAAAUGUACCUAAACCUCCAGUUUUAAAAGAAGUCGAGUGUGAAGUUCAUGUGGCUGAUAUUCAAUGGGAACCAAUGGGAAAUGGUCAUGCACCUAUCCUGGGUUAUGAUAUUCAAUACAAUACUAGUUUUAACCCUAAUCUGUGGGAGAAUUCAUUUUUGAAUGUGCCAGCCACGGACACUCGUUUUAAGGUACUUAUGUCCCCAUGGACUAACUACACUUUCAGAGUGGUUGCAUUCAACAAGAUUGGUUCCAGCCAACCAAGUGAACAUUCCAAACAGUGUUCUACACCACCUGAUACUCCUCAUAAACAUCCAACAAAUGUUAAGGGUGAAGGGACAAAUCCAGAUAACAUUGUUAUAUCAUGGAAGCUUAUGCCCAAAAUUGAGCACAAUGCCCCUGGGUUUUUUUACAAAAUUUUCUGGAAAAGAGAUGAUGUCCCCGAUUCUCAUUGGAAUGUAGUGACUGUUAGGGACUGGAAACAAGAGAGUUUUUUGGUGGAUGAACAACCAACUUUCAAACCAUACAAAAUCAAGGUUGAAGCACAUAAUGCCUUGGGUCGAGCUAAAAUAACAGCUCCAGAAAUUAUUGGCUUCUCUGGAGAAGAUGUUCCACUUGAAGCUCCUCAAAACUUUCGUUUGUUAAUGAUAAUGGAUGGUACAACAGCAAAAUUUGCUUGGAAUGCAGUUUCUUCAACCUCAAUAAGAGGACACUUUAAAGGUUACAAAAUUCGAACGUGGGCCAUUGGUGAUGGUCAGCACUGGAGAGAACAGGAUUUCCCACUAAAUGCCACUGAAGGAAUAGUCACUGUUCUAAAACCAUUUACAAAGAACUUUGCAGAAGUUGCAGUAAUUAAUCAAAGAUAUAUUGGGCCACCUUCACAGACAAUUGCUCUCAUCACACCUGAAGGAGUUCCUGGAGCAGUGGCCAGCUUCAGUGCCUACCCAUUAGGCUUUAAUUCCCUUUACUUGAUCUGGAAGAAGCCUGAUGAGGCCAAUGGUAUUUUAACAGGUUACAAAAUCUUUUAUAGUAAAGUAAAUGGUACAAUAUUAGGAAUACAAAAGGAGCACCUACCCCCACUCUCCAACCCUGAUGCAACCAGGCUUAAGUUGACAAAUUUAAUACCUCAAACCAAGUAUAGAGUCACUAUUCAAGCCACUACUCAGGUGGGAGCUGGAGAACCACGCUAUAUUGAAGUGAUGACAAGCACUGAGGAUCAUAAAGUUCCAGGUGUACCAAUCUUUAUUUGGUCACAAAUUCAUGAUGAUGAAGAAAAUGUCAUACUCAAGGUAACAUGGUUGCCUGCACUUGAUGACCACCUGGGUAGUCAUUUCUUUGUUCAGUACAGACUAAAAGGAGAUUCCACUUGGACAAACACUAUUCCUGAAUUAGAAAAUGAUUACACUAUGCUUAUGAACUUGGAAAUGAAUGCUGUCUAUGAGUUGAGAGUUGUUUCUGUUGAUGGCCCUUUUGAAACUCCAAGUCUUAUAGCUGAGGUAAAAAUUGGAAACCAUGCUGCUCCUUUUGUUCAACCAGCUGAAGAAUCAAGAAUACCUCUUUGGCUUAUAGCUCCAGUAGGUUGCAUCGUUCUGUUGAUUAUUAUUCUGGUCAUUAUUUAUCUUGUCAGACAAAAUGCAGGAGGAAAGUAUCCAGUAUAUGAAAAGGAGGUGGCAUUAGGCUCUGAAAACAAUUGCCUUGAUGAGGGAGGCUUUGAUGAAUACAAUAAGCCUUCCAGUAAUCACCAUCUUCUAAAUGGCAGUCGGGUGUCACUAGCAAGUAGCUUGGCCCCUCCAGUGAGUGAAACUGAUAGCAUGGCCGAGUAUGGUGGAGAAGGAGAUACAGGGAAGUUUACAGAGGAUGGAUCUUUCAUUGGUCAGUAUGGCAGAGUCAAAAGUCCAGAGGAAGAAUCAAGAUUAUCAACUUCAGCUUCUCCUCUUGUGUGAUACUUCCUUUUUGUCUCCAUGAGUCUUCUCACAUACUGUAUUGCUGUUUUAAAGUGUUAUCUUUGAAUUGCCUACUAGCAUAUCACCACAACAUGGAAUGAAGAAAUAAUUAUAGUGCAAUGUUACUUUAUGUUAUUCAGGCUUCCAAGUGCCAUUGUUGAGGUUUCCAAGUUCGAAAAACUAGUAUAAAUUUUUCUGUUUUUGUCAUUUGUGCAACUAGAGAGCAAAUUCAUAUCUAUAUAAUUUAUAAACAGUUGAUAAACCUGACUAUAAAAAAAUCAGUGCUUACAUAGAUUAACAGCUAAGUAAGCUAAGUAUUUAUACUACAUAUAAAACAUUAAUUUUUUAUUUUUGUAUCCAAUUUUUUGCAUUGCACUAAUUUUAAAUUGUAUAUUAUGAACUUGUGGUGUUUUGUAUUUGUUUGUAUGGUGUCACAGGGAAUUGGAUAAAAAACAAGUAAUACUUCAUAUCCAAACAUAUUGUUCUUUAAAUCAUGGAAAUAAAUGUAAUAUUUUAAAAGAUAACUUUUAAUUGAAAAAAAUUCCCUUGUUUUUAAAACGUUGCCACGAAUAGUUCAGGGAUGUUUAAAUGUAUUUGUACUUAAAGUAUUCAGAAAGCAGGCAAUCAAAAACUAUUUCUUUUUGUUAUUACACAAUGUGUGGAGAGAUGGUUUAUUAUAGAAUCUAUUUGUUGGUGAAUGUUACUUUGAAAAUGUUCAGACAUGUUCACUUGGCUUAUGAGAAUUUAUGGAUUAAGUUAGAUUUUAAGAUUAGAAAGUACAUUCAUGGCAACUUAAUAAUAUGUUUGAAAGAGCAUAUUAAUUUACAAAAUAUCUAGACAAGUGAAAACGGAGAAUAUAUUGGGUUCUAACAGGUUGCCUUUCAGACCUUCUGUGUGCAUGCUUUGUUUUAAGUGUUGUAGUAUGAGAUAUUGAUUAACAUGAUGAAAGAAAAUAUACACAGCAUCUUUCUCUAACUUUACAUUUGAUUUUUGUUUUCAUAACAAAAACACACACACACACCUAUUUUUAUUUUGUAACUUUAUUCUGGAACAUCUGUCUCAACAAAGUGGUCAUGGUAUAUAUAUAUACACAUACAGGUAUCAUUAAAUCCAGAAAGCUGGCUGGUCCAGAUUAAGAGUUAUUUUAAUGUUCACAAUAAUAUUUCUAUAAUUUCAUUGCUUUCUAGUACCUGUCUUAUAAAUUAUUAUUUUUUCACUAUAAGGUAGUUAUAUAUAGUACACCAUGUAGUAAAACCUAACGAACUAAAUAUCUACAUACUAUAGUAGUAUUUUUUAUACAUAUGUCUAGCCCAAGCUUUUGCACUAUGUAUAAAGUUGUGUACUGCCUAAUUUUUUUUCAUACAUCAUUGUAUAAUUUUAAACAACUAUGGGUUGGUACAGGAAGAUUGAAAUCAUGAAGUUGAUAAAACAAAUCAUUAUGAUCUCAAAAUUGGUCAAGGUUCCUGAAAACCUCAACAGCAACCAAAUCCACUGUUCACUCUCACUGAACUAGUUUUGAUCACAUUAUGUCUGACAGAACUUAAGCAAGAAUUCAUGUGCACUGAAAGACAAAAGUACUUUAUAAGUAACUAAUAAAAAGUUAAAAGCUCUUCUUCAAGACAGUUUGUUUAUAAUGCAAUUACUCAACCUCAGUACUUAUUUUUCUUUUUUAAAUGUAUGAUUUUACAGUAGAUAAAGCAGAAAAUUCAAAAGUUGUUUUAAUGAAAAAUGGUUUUUAAUGUGUUACUAAUUUCAUACACGUAUAUAAUAUUCAUGUACAGUUUACAACUACUGUAUACUAUUUUAUUAUCCAGUUCAUAUCUCAAUCUUGAUGACAGCUGGAAAUAAUUAUGUUUUCUGGAUUCAUGUUUAAAAUGUUGUAAAAU